AUGUCGCAGCAGCAAGAGGUUGAAACUCCGAGGCAAAAGACCAAUGAUCUCCUUGCAGCGGGGGGUAACCUGGCGGUGUUAACUCUUAGAGGUGUCAAUGCUACCGCAGGUUGGUGUCCACCCUUAAAGGAUGCGACUAGUGCUGCGCUCUUCAUCUACGACGAGGUUAAAAAGCUCAAGGAGAACGCAAAGGAAUGGACUGAUUUCGGUGAAUACGUAGCGAGCACCAUGGCCAACGUAUCUUCAGCCAUAAAGUCUGAUGAUGUAUCAGCGGAAGAGGCAAAGCCAUGGGUGGAAAGUGCCACAGAGCUUGAUGGCGCGUUACAGAAGAUUAAGUCCGAAAUUGAAAGACGGGAAAAAGUAGAGAAACGAUCGACUCUCAGAAAAACAUUCUCCUACUUGAAAGACCCGGGAAGAAUUAACGACCUAAAGAAAGAUUUUGACAAAGCAUUGGCAUCGUUUCAGGUUAGGACGAACUUGAUAACUGGCGCCAAGUUAGCGGCCAUAGAACGUCGUCUACACGAAGACAAAAUUCUCGAUAGUCUCCGAUACCCUCAUCUUGUUCAUGAUGAUUCCACUCAGGCCUGCCUGGAAGACACUAGAGUUGAUCUCAUUGAGCGUAUUAUGGCAUGGUGCCGCAACACUGGGGAUAGCGAGAACCGGCUAAUGCUGUUGACUGCUGUGGCCGGUGCUGGCAAGACUUCGAUUGCACUCGCGAUAGCAGAACGAUGUGCCAGCGAAGGAGAUGUUACCCUGUUACUGCGCUUCUUCUUUAAAGCGGGCGAACGGUCGCGGCCUGAUUUUCUAUUCAGCAGCAUAGCUCGAGCUUUAGCAGACCAUGAUCCCGUUCACCGCACUUUCAUUACCUCUGCUCUUCGAAACGACCCUAGUCUCUCAACAGCUUCAUUUGCGAUGCAGUUCAAGAAAUUGGUGGCUCCAUCUCUACUCCAUAAACCUCCGCCUUCUGACCACCCUAUGGUGAUCAUCAUCGAUGCUUUAGAUGAAUGUGACAAAGAAGCGUUCGAAUCCCUUGCCGAAAUUCUUGGGGAGGAAGUGCCCAGGCUACCAUCUUCCAUAAAAUUCUUCAUCACAUCGAGACAAUUUGAUCUCGUGAAUCGCUACCUCUCCCCCAAUUACCCUAUUGAUCGUGUCACUAUUGAUCUCUUGGAUGAGGCAAAUGUGCAGGACUGUGCUAAGUUCAUACGCUUCCAGCUGCAAAAGCUAAAGAAGUUACAUCGGGACUUGCAGCGUAAUCUUCAGGACGAGGAUAACAUGAUACAGGAGAUCUCGGAACGAGCAAAUGGGUUGUUUAUCUGGAUCAGCACCAUCUUUCGCUAUAUGAAGAUGACGAACCAGAAUCCUAUGAGGACACUAAAAAGUCUGCUCGACACUGGUGCGAAACGGCCAGAGGUCCCUGCUGAGAAGAUGAUGGGAGACUUGUAUACAAGCAUUUUGAAGAAGUGUGCCUGGGAGGAUGAAGAUUUUGCACACGAUUACCCAAUCGUGAUGGGAGCAAUCUUCGUUGCUCAGGAGCCUCUGUCGAUUACAGCCUGGGACUCAAUUUUGUUGCCUUUCCUCAAGUCUUCUGUUCAAUAUGCAUUGGCUGAACUCACUCCUCUGCUCUCAGGAGUUGAGAACUCCCACAUUCCGGUUCGCAUCUUACACCAAUCUUUCCGCGAUUUUAUCGUCGAUCGGAUCGACCCCCAAACAAUCAGCUCUGGUUGCACUCCCAUAGCUGUGGGGGUGGAGAAUGCCAGGGUUGCCCUGCGAUGUACCGAGAUUUUGAACAAGGAUCUCUGCUCUGUAAAGGGCUUAGGACUGAUUGAAAACUUGUCCGAAAAAGAUGACAUGCCACCCAUUCCUCCAUCGGAGUUAUCUGAGCACUUUCGUUACGCAUGUCACCACAUCGUUCACCACCUAAAUAGAAUCAAGGAACCAUCAGAGGAGCUUGCUGGGUCAGUUGGUUUGUUUCUGAGUCAGGAAGCAACUCGGUGGGUGGAAGUCUGUGUGCGGAUGGAACGCUAUGUCAGUAUCUCAUUACUCCCUGAGUGGACUAAGUUGGUUGUUGACCACAGGGCUCUUAGUGCACUGGCUAAUGUGCUUACCCAGCUUCCGCCGAAUUUCGCAUUUUUUUCAAGAUCCCAGGAGGCCUAUGAGACAGCAAACGAUUCUGCUGUACUCUGCCGUUUUCUUUUUUCUGUGGACUCAAGUUCCUACACCCCGGAUUUGGCCAUGUCACUCAACAAUCUACGUAAUGCUCUUUCCAAUCUCAGACGGCACUCGGAGGCACUCCCAUUCAUCGAAGAGAGUGUCAAACUCUACCGCCAGUUAGUUGCCGUUAACCCAGGAUCAUACACCCCGGAUUUGGCCAUAUCACUCAACAAUCUAUAUGAUGCUCUUUCCAAACUCGGACGGCACUCGGAGGCACUCCCAUUCAUCAAAGAAAGUGUCAAACUCUACCGCCAGCUAGUUGCCGUUAACCCAGGAUCAUACACCCCAGAUUUGGCCAUGUCACUCAACAAUCUAUGUAAUGCUCUCUCCGAUCUCGGACGGCACUCGGAGGCACUCCCAUUCAUUGAAGAAAGUGUCAAACUCUACCGCCAGUUAGUUGCCGUUAACCCAGGAUCAUACACCCCGGAUUUGGCCAUGUCACUCAACAAUCUAUAUGAUGCUCUUUCCAAUCUCGGACGGCACUCGGAGGCACUCCCAUUCAUCGAAGAAAGUGUCAAACUCCGACGCCAGUUAGUUGCCGUUAACCCAGGAUCAUACACCCCAGAUUUGGCCAUGUCACUCAACAAUCUACAUAAUGCUCUUUCCAAACUCGGACGGCACUCGGAGGCACUCCCAUUCAUUGAAGAAAGUGUCAAACUCUACCGCCAGUUAGUUGCCGUUAACCCAGGAUCAUACACCCCGGAUUUGGCCAUGUCACUCAACAAUCUGCGUAGUGCUCUGUCCAAUCUCGGACGACACUCGGAGGCACUCCCAUUCAUCGAAGAAAGUGUCAAACUCUACCGCCAGCUAGUUGCCGUUAACCCAGGAUCAUACACCCCGGAUUUGGCCAUGUCACUCAACAAUCAAUAUUUGGCUCUUUCCAAUCUCGGACGGCACUCGGAGGCACUCCCAUUCAUCGAAGAAAGUGUCAAACUCUACCGCCAGUUAGUUGCCGUUAACCCAGGAUCAUACACCCCGGAUUUGGCCAUGUCACUCAACAAUCUAUAUUAUGCUCUUUCCAAACUCGGACGGCACUCGGAGGCACUCCCAUUCAUCGAAGAAAGUGUCAAACUCCAACGCCAGUUAGUUGUCGUUAACCCAGGAUCAUACACCCCAGAUUUGGCCUUGUCACUCAACAAUCUAUAUUAUGCUCUUUCCAAACUCGGACGGCACUCGGAGGCACUCCCAUUCAUCGAAGAAAGUGUCAAACUCUACCGCCAGCUAGUUGCCGUUAACCCAGGAUCAUACACCCCGGAUUUGGCCAUGUCACUCAACAAUCAAUAUUUGGCUCUUUCCAAUCUCGGACGGCACUCGGAGGCACUCCCAUUCAUCGAAGAAAGUGUCAAACUCCGACGCCAGCUAGUUGCCAUUAACCCAGGAUCAUACACCCCAGAUUUGGCCUUGUCACUCAACAAUCUAUAUUAUGCUCUUUCCAAACUCGGACGGCACUCGGAGGCACUCCCAUUCAUCGAAGAAAGUGUCAAACUCUACCGCCAGCUAGUUGCCGUUAACCCAGGAUCAUACACCCCGGAUUUGGCCAUGUCACUCAACAAUCAAUAUUUGGCUCUUUCCAAUCUCGGACGGCACUCGGAGGCACUCCCAUUCAUCGAAGAAAGUGUCAAACUCCGACGCCAGCUAGUUGCCAUUAACCCAGGAUCAUACACCCCAGAUUUGGCCUUGUCACUCAACAAUCUAUAUUAUGCUCUUUCCAAACUCGGACGGCACUCGGAGGCACUCCCAUUCAUCGAAGAAAGUGUCAAACUCUACCGCCAGCUAGUUGCCGUUAACCCAGGAUCAUACACCCCGGAUUUGGCCAUGUCACUCAACAAUCAAUAUUUGGCUCUUUCCAAUCUCGGACGGCACUCGGAGGCACUCCCAUUCAUCGAAGAAAGUGUCAAACUCUACCGCCAGUCAGUUGCCGUUAACCCAGGAUCAUACACCCCAUAUUUAGCCGUGUCACUCAACAAUCUACAUAAUGCUCUUUCGAACCUCGGACGUCAUUCUGACACACAAAUGGUCCACAUUUGA